AGUCGCAUUGGGAACUCUGAGCUCGAACACAACAGUUUGUUUUCAUAUAAAAGAGAAUCGUAUUCGAAGCAAAGGAUAUCAUUCAACCAACAGCUUCCCGAUCAGCUUACCAAUCCAAGAGUCAGCUAACUGUUGAGUGAUUUCAAAUUAAUUCUAUCAUCAUGAAGACUAUGAAUCUUGUUGCCCUAUUGGCACUGGUGGGCAUCUGCAGAGCAGCACAGGAUGGACUUAACAUGAAGCGUGAUGAUCUUCAAGGAUCUGAGAGCAACAUUCAACGAUCAUACGGAUUCGGCUUUGGAGGCUCGGCUUACGGUUUGGGUGGCUACGGCGGAGGUCUUGGAUAUGGCGGCGGAUUAGGAGGAUACGGCGGCGGACUAGGAGGAUACGGAGGAGGUCUAGGCGGAUACGGCGGCGGCCUUGGUGGAUAUGGUGGCGGUGGAUACGGUGGAUAUGGUGGAUACGGAGCAGGAGGAUAUGGCGGCUAUGGAGCAGGAGGAUAUGGCGGAUAUGGAGCAGGAGGAUACGGUGGUCUUGGUGGCUACGGAGGUUUAGGUGGCUACGGAGGUCUUGGUGGCUACGGAGGCGGACUGGGCGGCUAUGGAUCCAGCUAUGGCGGUUAUGGCGGUUAUGGAUCAAGCUAUGGAUCAGGUUACGGCGGCAUUGGCGGCUACGGUGGUUUGGGAGGUUACGGAGGCGGACUCGGUGGCUACGGAUCAAGCUAUGGUGGAUACGGCGGAGGGUAUGGCGGUGGCUACGGCGGUGGCUACGGAGGCGGUUACGGGAGCAGCUACGGUGGUGGAUAUGGAGGUGGAUAUGGCACUCGCGCUUACUAGACCAAGGUCUAUUCGGCGUCGCAGUUUUAACAUCUCACCACCGAUCCUUUUUCUUCUCGCUUUCCUUUUGAUUUUCGAUAUGGAACUUUUGUAUUUUCGGUCCUUAAAGCGUACCAUUUAACUCCCCUUAUGUGUCUGUAACGUUUACUCGUCUGCUUUCCCUUUGUGUGUUUUGAAACGGAUUACGUAAAUGAAAAAAAAAAUGAAAUUGAGAGCUUACUGUGCGUUUAAAAAAUAGACAUAUUAAAUCAUGAA